AUGAAGACUUCAACUAUCAUCGCCAUGGUAUUCACCAUGAUUGCUAUCUCUUCCGCCCUGCCUCCCCCCCUGAGAAGCAACAUCAGCGCUUCGCACGCCGACAAAAAGGGAGGCUUUACCCUUCAAGCGCGCCAGGACACGGUGCCCCGCUGCUCGGUGCCGUGUAUCCAGAACGCAAUCGCAAAGGUGACGGAUUGCCAUUUUGCGGAUUAUGCUUGCGCUUGCAAGUACCAUGGCGAGGUCUCUGGCGCUGCGACGGCGUGUGUUGUGGGAUCUUGUGGCCUGCAAAGGGCAAAUACCAUAUCUGCUAUAUCUGCUACAUCUAUUACAUCUACUGCAUCUACUACUACUUCUUCUCCUCCCCUCUUUUUCUAA